AUUUUAGGGUUUUCCAUUAUCUUUUAGCAAUGUUAUAUUCUAAUGCUUUUAGGGUUUAAGCAGUCAGUUUCAGUCUCCUUCACAUCACAAGUCCUUCAAACUCUUUCUUGCCCAGUUUUUACAGUUAAAUAAGUUGCAACUUCAGGGAGUUUAAUUCCCAGCUCUUGGGAGGAGAAAUUCUGAAUGUGACUCAAUCUAUUUCUCUUGAACUAAUUACUGAUUUAUUUUAUCAAAGCUGUUAUGAGUGAUCCAGCAACUGAAUCAAAUGAUGCUCAUUCAAGCUCGCAAGAAGCUAAGAAGCCUCAGAUUGAGCCUAUUCGGAUGCCUACUGUGGAGGAAAUAAGGGGCCAAGACAUUUGGAACAACUGUGCAGUUCGUAGUGUUGUUAGCGGAGUCAUGGGAGGGGGACUUGGUUUGUUCAUGGGUAUGUUUCUCGGGGCACUGGAUAACCCAAUAAUGCAAGAGGAAAUGACUACUAGGCAACAAAUUGUAUUUCAAGCAAAGCAGAUGGGUCGAAGGAGUUGGAGUUCUUGCAAGACUUUUGCUGUUAUGGGUUUGGUUUUCUCUGCUGCUGAGUGUACCGUUGAGAAGGUACGGGCAAAGCAUGACAUUACAAAUACAGCAGUUGCAGGGUGCGUAACAGGUGGUGCGUUAUCAGCUAGAGGUGGACCACAAGCUGCGUGUAUGGGUUGUGCCGGCUUCGCGACAUUUUCGGUCUUGAUAGAGAAGUUCUUGGAUAGAUAUCACUAGACAAGAUUGAUCAUUCUUCAGCCUGGAUGAUGUAACCUACACCAACCUACUUUUAUAUUUAGAAUCAGAUUCUUUUUGUUCAAAUUCUAUGACAGUGCACAGUGUUGUAGAUGUGCCAUGCCGCGCACUUUUAUAGUCGUAUUUGUCCGAUUAAAUGAAAGAAAUGAGGAUUCAUAUGGACGAUUCUAACUUCGAGACGUAGUUAUUGUUGAUUUCCCCUUUGUGAAUUCCUUUGAGUUUGUGCUUCUGGUCCUAGAAACUUGUCAAUUUUCAAAAUUAGUUAUGUAAUAAAGUGAAUCAAAUAUGG